AUGACGGGUGUCAGUGCAGUUCCAGCAGAUAAAGACCACAUUGAAGAAAUGGUAACACAGUGUAUAGUAGAAGUUCUCUCCAAUGCUUUGUCGAAGUCAAAUGCACCACCAAUUAAUCCUGAGUGCAAAGAAAUCCUCAGGAAGAGUGGCAAAAGUGACAGAGCUAAAAACGAGGACAAACAGCUUGAAAUGAGGCAUUUGAAAGACUCAGCAGAGAAUGAAGAACAUGGCACUGGGAGUGUGGAGGAAGAGCGAAGUCAGGCUGAAAUGGAAUCGAAAAUGCGUGUGAAAGGAAGUGAUGAAAAGAAACUUGGCUGGGAGGAAGAUCACAGUGAGGAAGAGGAGGAUGGCCAUGACAUCUCUGUUCAUGAGGCUCGUGAAGAGCAGCUCCAAACGGCAGAAGUGGAGCACCAUGAGGAGACCGGAGAAGACCAGAACAGUUACUACAGGGAAGAGGAGAGCAAAGAGAGCAGGCACCGCGAUGAAGAGGCAGAGCGGGCCGCUCCCAGCAAGCAGUCCGCAAGCGCAGAGCAAUUCCUUGGCGGGAAUGAUCAACACUCCAUGGGCUGGGCACGCGCAGAGGAGAGAACGCAGCGUCCUGGCAAGAGGGUUCAUGAGGGUGAGGAGGGGGAGGCAGCAGGAAGUGAAAAAUCCCACCAUGAGCCUAAGGAACGUGAUUCCUCCCAUCAGCACGAGCAGGAAGAAUCUGCUGAGAGUGAGGAAGCAGCGGAGGAAAAGCAAGGCUACGCUGCAGAGCGGUACUACAGGAAGCACAGGAUGGGCGACUCCGAGGAGAUGAGGGCCCGCAGCGGUGAGAGAGGGAAACUGGCUGAGGAAUCGAACGCGGAGCACGGCCGUCCCUGGGACAGGAGGAACCACCACCAGCAACAGCACCGUGAAGAGGCCGAGCGGCAUCGUGAGGAGAAGGGAGGCCAUCGGGGGAGACACGGGUCUGAGGAGGUGGAGGAGAAGAGCUACACGGAUCAGGGGGGUGAGGAGCACGGGGAGAGGCGGCAGCAGAGUGAGGAGAGCAGCGAGGAGGAAAGCAAGAGGCAGCGGCAAAGUGAGGAAAGCCAUGAAAAAUGGCAAGAGGAGAGGAGACACCAUGAUGCCUCCCGUGAGACAGGGAGGCACCGUCCCGAGGGAAGGACGUACGGAGGUGAGGAAGACCUGGGCAGGGAUAACAGCGCAGGCAGCAAGGAGGAGAAGCAGCAGCGUGGGGCAGAAAGACGUCGCUUGCAGGACAGUGAAGAGGUGAAGCUGAGCGUUGCAGAGCGCCGUGGGCAGGUCAGGAGACACUACAGCACCGAGGACAGGGCCAGCGCAGAGCGGCAGCGCUACCCUGUCAACAGGGAGGACGCAGAAAAGCAGCAGCAGAGCAGCGAUCAGACAGAGAAUGAAGAGAACACGGAGGAAGGAAGGUACACAGAGAGGGAGCAGUACAAAAGCCCUUUCCCCGCAGAGAGCGGGAGGAGCAGCGCGGUGCUGCACGGCCCCCUGCACUCGCUGCUGCGCUGGAAAAGCCACCGCGCCGAGAGAAGGGACAGCGUGGGAGAGCAGCUCCUGGGGAGCAAGGAGGAGGCCAGGCCCGCCCUGGGCGACAAGAAUCUCCUCCCCGAAUAUGACUAUGACUGGUGGGAGAAGAAGCAAAUUCUGAACGCUCUGAAGCACGGACGCACCGAGAAGAGGAAUCUUGGUAAAAUCAACAGGUUUGACGUGAAAAGGCAGUACAACAGGAUGGAUCAGCUCGCACAACUCCUGAAUUACAGGAAGAAGUCAGCUGAAUUUCCAGAGUUGUAUGAUUCUGGAGAAGACCUAAAGAAACGUCACGUAAUCAGAAAUGACAGGGGAAAUCUGAGUGAGAGGCCUCUGACCGAGGAAGAGGAAAAAGAACUGGAAAAUCUGGCUGCUAUGGAUUUGGAACUGCAGAAGAUAGCUGAGAAGUUGAACGACAACAGGAGAGGAUGAUCUGUUCCGGCAGCUCCAAGCUAGGUGUAGCAGUACUCGCAAUAUCUGUAUCAUGUGGUAAAUUCACUGCCACUGGAUUGUUGUUUGCCCUAAAGACAGGAAAUACUACUGUCCACUAUAGUGUAGUGAUUUAUACAGCUGAAAAUGUCUUUAAUUUGCUAUUAUGCUAUUGAGAUCUGAAUAGCAUGAAUUUUAGUAUUAUAACUUCCAUGCAAGGCAGAUAUUUUUAAUAUGCUUGUGAAAACAAUUGUGUUUGUGGUCUUCUAAAAUAUAUUUGUCUGAGUUUGGGGGAAAAAAAUAAAAUAAAAACAUUUAUCUUGGA